AUGGCUUUGUGUUGCGGGCAGACUACGGCGGGUACGGAGGGUACGAGGGCGGCUACGGCGCACGCGCGGCUCCACGCGGGAAAGCGGGAUACCAAGGCGGCAAGCAGCGUGGGGCAGGCGGAGCCCGCGCCAACCAGAGGCACCAGCCCUACUAAACACAAACUCGUACCUGUCCAUAGUCAUCUCAGUCCAAUAGUAAGGUUAAGUCACCGGUCAUGCGCGUUCCCGCGCCCGUCUCAUUCACCGCGCGGGGGCGCGACAUUCCAUUCCACAUUUAAUUUAAGAGAAUAA